CCUGGCAUACCGACAUCACCAUUAUAGGCAAGGAAGAAUCGCUUUACCGCACAGACCACAGUCUACCGCCAGACUGUCCAAAUCUUUUUAUUGAGGAAUCAUAUGUAUCAAUACAUAUUGCAUUUUUCCAAACAUCUUCAGUCUACUAGUCAUCUUCAAUCUACCACCAGACCAACCGCAGCUCAUCCACUGAGUCCAGUCAACUGAAUUCCACAGUGUCCACUACAUUUUGCCGACACCACCAUGAUGGACAAAAGCAAAGCUUGGGGACAGCGCUCCGUCUGGUCCUCCUCUUCUUCGGCUUCAGUUUCAUCUGCCUGGGGGCUUACGUGAAAUCUCUGGACCCCGGCAGCGAUACCUCGGUGAAGGCCAUCUUUGCGUACAUACUGGUAGUGUGCGGAUUCCUGCUGCUUCUGAUAGGCGCCUCCUGGUCCAUCAUCUACGGCAUGAGGACCAACCUGUACAGGCGGGGAGGAAGCAGCAGACCAAGCAGCCAGGUGUAUGUCUACACAGUGGACAGGCCAAGCUUUUACCCUCCUUCGUAUGAGGAGUCACAGUCCAGAUCCCACAUGGUCAUCCCCAUGGACCGGGUAUAUUUGAGCAUAGCUCCCCCACUGUACACCCCCACCUGCUUGGAGGUGGUCAACGAGGACUUCAGUCACGAACUGCCCCCCUCCUACCAUCGGGCCUUGAGCCAGAACCUUCAGAUCCCAGACGAGCCGCCCUGGGAGGCCAGGCCUCACCGACACAACGACGACGAUGACGGCGCAGUGAACCAAUAAAAUCUUGCCACGCGACACACCUCUCAGAAGUCAGAGGUCAGAGGUCAACGUUCACUGCUGGUGAGCAGCAUGUGAUGCGCCAAACUCCCUAUACGACACGGACGCGAUGUGAAUGGAGGGAGCUUGUGUCUCUCAGACGGACAAAGCGCGGGUCAGCCACGGUGUCAGGGACGUUGCAUUUGGGCCUCAGUGACAUGGUGACACAAUAGCAUGGAACGCACCACUGUGUGUAUUGGUCAGGUGUUUUGGAUGUGAGACAGACCCAUCUGCAGCUGGUGUAUACCGAGGAGAUGAAGUGAGAUCAAGCACAGAAGCACUCGGAGCUCACUGUUUACUCUCAGAUAACUGUUUACACUGGUGGCGAUCUGGAACACCAGCCCUGAAGCAGCCUCGGAAACCUAAAGAGACUGCUCAGUGGUCAGUGAACAUUUCGUGGUCAAGGUCCAUUAUGUGUGUAUCAUCAUUCUGUGUAAAAAGCAAAGCAAUGCUCAGUUAGGCAUUGUAGCCUAUUGCAUGGACAGCUACAGGGUGCCAGCAGCUGUGUAACAAGGAGGUCUGCAG